CUAUGCGGUACUGCAAGUCUGGUUAGUUUUCCCAUUUUCGCGAGUGAACAAAGGUCGUUGGAGGCCGUCCUGGCCGUGCGGAGAAAAUCACUAGAAAUAACAAUAAUAAUAAUCUAGCAGCAAAUUCUAAACGGGGCCGCUUUUUUCUCCCAAAAUUACUGGGGACGUGAGUGUUUGUUGCAAAUAUUUUCGCAAUAUCCCGUGCUCCAGUGUACGGAGAAAAUCGUCAAUUCCGAGUGAAAGGUGAAACGUAGGCUGGCGACUUAGGAGGAGUGCAAUAGUGUUGUCAUUACUCAAGGCGACACCAACCCCGGCUGGGUUUUGGGAGGGCGAAUGUUCGGAUCGAUCCCGAGAAAAUUCCUAGGGGUUCCAUAGUUACGGCGCAGUGAAAAUAGUAUCAAUUACUAAUACUUUCUAGCGAGUGAAACCAACAGCGCAACAAAGCCCCGAGCUUCCACUCAACGCACCAAGAAUUACAAGCAAAUGCAAAAGAAAACAGCACAAGUUAUCUAUCUUCAUAGUUGAUGAUCUUCCAAAUGUUUAGAAUUUUCAAAGCCCGAUUUAACCUGCACUACCACGUGUUCAAGAAGAUUUAUCUUAGGAAAGUAUGGCUUCUACAAUGAAAGGCCAGUGUUUUUAAAUUAAAUUGUGUUAUGUUUCGAAAAUCGCUUAUUCAGUUGAUUAGUUUAUGUGUUCAGUGAAUCUCUGGUGACAAUUGGGAAGGUGGAGUGAGGCCGAUCAAGAGUGUCCAUAAAAAGGAAAUCGUAAGCUCACCAUACAAAAACCUGCACCGAAUCAGGUUGUGAAACGAGUGUGCCGUGCGGAAUACGUGGAAAGAGGGGGCAAAGUGUACCGAGCAAUAAACCGGUGAAGCACAGCAACUGCAGCUGCCGGUACCCCAUCAGGAUGCCAUUCGGUCGUAAAUCGCCACUGGAGGCUCUGGCCAUGCCAGGAGCCAUUAUCGCUUACAAGUAUAGCCAGUACCGGCAGCGUCGCCGGGAGGCCGCCAAUCGUCGCGUUACCGAGCGGGAGCUGACGGCGUUACACAACAAAAUUGAAAAACUGCUGUGUAAACUAGAGGAAAGUGAGCUGGAACCGCCUACAUCUCAGGAAGAUGAAUGUGUCAUCUGCAUCAACGCCCGGGCUACCAUGCAAACUUCUCCCUGUGGACACCGGGUUGUUUGCAGACGUUGCUUCGUCAAGACAAUUCAGAGUGCGGUAGCUCAGCGACUUCUACCGUUGCGGUGCGUCAUCUGUCGAGCUCGUAUUAAUCGUCUGACAUCGGGUUCUACUUCCUGGCGACUACAAGGAUCUUCUAGCAGUUAUUCAAUGGCCAGCAAAAGCUGGAGCGUUCCAGGAUCAGCCAGUUCGUACAGUGUUGACGACCCACGGGUGACCCAGUCUGCCAGUCUUUACUCAAUGAGUUCCGGCUCGUCGUGCAUGUCAGGCAUUUCCAACAUCUCCAGUUGUUCCGGUACUUCCGCAAUGUCUUCCUCAUCUUCGAACAGUGGCAUCGGGGACAAGCAACAUCCUCACCAUCAUCAUCACGCACAAUCGAGCCCUGGACCACACAUGCAUCACAGGCACAGCAACGGUACAUGUUCCAUUGGUUGCCUGGGAGCCAUUCCACGCAACCCAUCCUACCAGCAUCACUACAAGAAAGGACAAUAUUAUUCUAAGAAUCGUAUCCCGGAGAUGCCAAAUCGAUUGCCACCAAUAAUCGAAUUCAAAAGUCCAACGAAACACCGCACGCCAUCACCUGCUAAUCCGGGGGCGAGAUUCAAAUAUUACACACAGCCAGGAAAGCCAGCCAAUCCGGUAGUCGAAUCGAUACCACUGUUGAGCAUCGAGAAACCUUCCAAGCCGGGACCCUCCAAGUUGGGUCUGAACGCUAAGAUCGCUCCAACCGCUUCCAAGUCGCCAAUCAAUAAAACCAACAUGGCUACUGGUAAGCCGGUCACCACCUCACUGAUCACCGCCAUAGGGACACCACCCAGAACACGGGUAAUUCCCGCGGGCAUCACACCUUCCACCAGCCAGUCCAGUGGCGUUUGCAAAGUUAUCAGCAAUAGCGGUACUAGCAGUAGUAGUAGCAACGGCGGAAAACACAAUGGCAAUAAUAAUAACAACAGCAACAGUAAUAACAAUAGCAGUAGUAAUGUUAACACCAAGCAAGAUGAAAAAUAUGACAAUAAAAAGAAUGAAACAAUCGAAAAGAAGAAAAAAGAAGAAAAACUCAAGCUCAAAACGGAAAAGGAAGCUCGAAAGGAGGAAAAGCGCAUCGCAAAGGAGGAGGAGAAAUUGGCGAAAAUGCUUGCUAAAGAGGAGAAAAAACGCGGAAAGAAAGAAGCAAAAGAGUUGCUCUUGGUAAACGAGGGAGGCAGCCGGAAAUAGGACAGUUUCCGGUGGCGGACGUUUUUCACCAGAAGUUAGAACGGAGAGAAAACUGCCGAAAUUCGUCCGUGGAACUAAAACUGCAUUUAGUUAAUAAACGAGCCAAUAAGGACUGCUCCUGUAUAAAUCACUACAGAAAAUCGUGCAAUAUCAUCUAAUGAUACUCUUAGGUUGUAAAUUCAUCCUGACCGAAUGUGAAACUAAAUAAUUCUCGCAAAGUAGAAUUCCACCGCAAAUUAAAAAUUUUAACCCGAAACCCGUCGUAAACCAAAGCAGGUUGUUUGGCAAUGCAAAUCGCACCCAUGAUUAGAGUUUUAUCAUGCAUAUAAUAAAAGAAUAACAUAUCAAACACUUCGCUGCUUCCUGUCUAAGUAUUUACAUAUGUCACUACAAGUGAUUCAUUUUAGAAUAGUUUUUCUAAUAUUUUUUCCAUCAAGAGUUCCAUAAAUAACAAUCAAAUAGUCAAUUCGGCCAUUCGUUAUACAGUGAUCAAUACUAAAGAAACAUUAAAAACAACGGUAACACUGCUAUUUCGUUCUGAUCGGAAAUAUUCUUACGUACACGUGCUUCUCUAGACAAAAGUACUAAUAGUCAAUUUCAUCUGUUUUUGAAAAAUGAUUUGGCGAAAAAGUUUUUUAGUCAGGAUGUUUGAAAAAAAAUAUUAUGUUUCAAGUGAGAAGUAUACUGAGUACUCCUUAAAAUAGUCAUCAACAAUACCUUCACCUUUUUACUUAUAUUCCACGCACAUCCCAGAAAACCGAUGCUCUAGCCUCGCCAGCCUUCUUCAAAGUCGUUCGAUCCAUUUAUUUAAAAAUACUUUCGUCUCAAGUAGUGGUUUGAAUGAUUAUGGUUAUGAAUUGGCACUCGCUGGAAAGAACCUCCCGACGGUCCAGACGGUGAUCGAUCAUCAUUUUGUGAAUUUUUUCAAUAUUUGUAACAGCUCUAUCGUCCUGGUUCAAGCUGUACCAUGCGCUUUUAUAGUGUUGUGAGGACUAUUUUCGAUAUUUACUGUCAGCGUUUACUGUUGAUGUGUAAGCAUGUACUAAACAUCAAAAAACCUUCAAACGUCAAACUUAAGCUUUCUAAGAUUGACGCUUCCAAAAAAAAUCUUAGCAACCAACGCCAUUGUUGAAUCGAAGCACUCAAUCUUACGUAAGGCGAGUGGUUUAGAAACAGUUUUAAAAGACGCAAUGUACUGUUUUGAAGGCACUGACUAUUUCUAAACGAUUGAGGCACGUUAGAAGCAAUAAGAAUAAGGCAAUUGUAUAUAAUUUCGUUCGAAACUGGAUUCGCAUUGGUCCGAUUUAAACUACACAAACUGAAUCAUAACAUUAUGGUGAAUAUAAUAAUAGGGGUCUUUAAGUAGAGCUCGUAUACAAACACCUAGCCGUGAACUGUGUAUCUCUCAUUACUCGUCAAUGGAUGUGGUGGUUUUUACGACUGGGUAUUCGUAUACGAGCUCGAUGUGAAGACCCCUAAUAUAUUUCUGAAGCCUGGCCUACAAUAUGCACAACGCCAGCAAUAACAAGUGUUUAUUUAAUAAUCGCCUACUGGCCUACUACCAGAUUGAUGCAAAAACGUAACGCUUCUAUGACAGUAACGCUACAGAGACAUUGACUUUUUAAUUUUGUUUCAAUCCCCUGUUAUUGAAUACUUCUCAGAUUUGCUGCGAGUUUGUAAACAUCAUUUAUUUUUUCAAAUAAUUUUAUGUUGUUUGUUGGACAAAUAGAAUUAACCAGAAGUGAAAAUAAACCUAUAGUACUCUGUGCUUAAGAUUAUUUCAAUUUUUCUAACUGUUAACCGACGUAUGUAUUUAUGUCGACCUCAAAUGACUUCCUUCAAUUGUAUUAAAAAUUUGCAUUCUAAACAAAUUACUGUGAAACGAAAAGAUCAAAACUACCUUUUUUAUAGAUUAUAUAUUUCAUUACCGUGAUAUUUUUGUGAACAAACAUUUUCAUCGACUUUUUGUGUAAUCUAUAAUGCAUCGAAAUUCUUAAUAUCGAACAAAAUAUGAAUAAUAAACAAUUUUUGCUAUCCAUGUUAUUUGAACUUCGAUCAUGAAUUCCAGCGCAAUUAUUUCUGCCUUUUUAACUUUGUGUUCAAUUAGCGAAUUUUAUUGAAUUUUAGCCGGCUUUUGGGGUUCAGGGGGGCCAUGGCCUCCGAUCCCGACACUUUUGGGGUCCCCACAAAUGUUUUCUUUUCAUCACUUAUAACUAAUAGAAAAUCCAAGAAAUUUUGUGAAACUUUAAAACAAAAGAAAUUUCAAUAAAACUAACACAACCCUUCUAUAAUCUUCCUUCAACUUAUAUUUUUCCUUCAUUGAAAUUUCGACAAUUGAAAAGAGAGCCCCCACAAGGUACAUGGCCCCCCGGGCCCCAGUACCCUUUAUCCGACACUGAUAGCGAGCUUGCGUUCAUUAGUAAGCUAGUUUUAAUAGCAUUAGAUUGUACCUCCGUAAUUGGGUUGUUUAGCUAUAUCAGUAUUUUAUAUCAUCUGAAAGAGCUGCAUUUUCUGCUGUUCUUUUCAAAACGUGAUUUUCAAAAAUUUUCUAUCAAUUUUUAAAUCACCAAUUCGAACUGCUCGAAAUCUGCUAGAAAUAGCUACAAUGACAGUUCGCCCAUGUAUAAACUGUCAUUCAAGCGGUUUAGAGCGAUUUUUAUUCUUCAUUUAAAAAUCGCAGGACAAUGAUAUCAAAUUUCAAAAAAUCACGUUUUGCUCACAAAAUUACACUCUUUUGGCUGAUAUAUAAAAAUCAGCAAUCCGUGAAUAGCUAAACAACCCAAUUGGAAACGAUUGUUCAAAAUUAAAAAAAAAGAUCAAAAGAUUCCGAAACAAAGUUUGAAUUUUAGAUAAAUGUUUUUAAUAUUAUAUAUUGGUCUAAAAAUUAACAAAAUAGUUGAACUUAUUAUUUUUGAAAAAUUUCGUGUUACUAUUUUAUAAAAGUCUAAAACUACAAUUUAGUCGGGAAUGGCAUUUCAAUCUUAUCAUUAAUUUUAAAAUAAGUAUUUGUCUAACUGCUGGCUUUUAUAUGCUUCAAUUAUGUACACCUAUUAAUUAAAAUUACUGGAAAAUUUUAAACAUUACCGUUUUCCUGUCAAUUUACGAAGAGUGUUAGGCUUUUCGCAAUGACUUAAUGAUCAAGACUUUCAGCUGUCUUAAAUUUAGUGUGAACCAGUACUAGAAAAGAUCACAUUUACAAUUCGACAUAUUUGACCUCCUUCAUACAAAAUCAUAGUUUUUCGACCAAAUAUAGGUUACAUUUUGAUACGAAGUCAUAAAUUAGUUGAAUUAAAGAUUGUUAAUUUAUGCGAACAACCCACUAAACCAUUAAGCCAGUAUUCACAUUUUAGGUUCUACAUAAAAUGAGUCAGUAGCAACAAAUCAAACCUGUCACUACAUUUUAAUUCAUUUGCAACUUUUGAAACUUAGACUUAAGAUCUGAACGUAUGUUACGGCAAAUUUGGACACUGCAUAACUUCACAGACAUCAUAGAAAAUAGUGCCGCUGUGAUAUUUUAUCUGUUCAAAAAGCAACUAGAUUUAAAAAAGAAAUCCUAAAUUGAGCAAUAUAAUAAUAUAAAAAAAUUAAAUAAAAUGAUUGAAACACAGCAGCAGAUGAGUGAGAUAGAAAACGCUCAAAACAAAAAUGCAUGUAAUAUAACUAAAAAAAUGAUGAUAAACUAUUCCGAGAUCGCAAAUGUAUGUACCAACUGAAUUGAAUAAACAGUUAAUGCAAAUAAAUAGUAAAUGCAUAGGGAGUGAGUAAAUUACCAAUGUUACAUUUCUUCAUAAGAAAGUAGAUUUGAUGUUCGGCUAACCGAACAAUCACGUCCCAAGUGAGCAAUAAAUUGUAGCACCUUAAUCUAAAGCAAACAUAGAAAAGUUAUAUACCGAACAAGAAUCAUUAUUUGAGGGGUUUUUACUUCUGUCCUACACAAUAGUUGCCAAAAAUUACCGAGCGCGCAAAGAAAAGUUUAUGUACUUCUACUUAGAACGCAUUUAUCUUGUGGCUGGGAUUACUAAAGCUGCUUCAAAAUAAUUUGCUAAAAAAAAUUAGUUGAACCACUAAUUGGUAACAGCUAUGUACAAUGAGUUAGUGCUGAGCAGAAAAGACAGAAAUGAUCUAAUGAUUUAAUGCAUCGAUGUCUAAAACAACUUUAAAAUAUAAAUGAAAGCUAAAUGGUUACAUAAAUGCCUCACAUUCUUCACUUUCGAAGUUGGCAUUUUCUUAGAAAAAUGGACAAAAACCCAGCACUAAAUACAAUAUGAAUUUCUUUACUGAAUCGCACAAAAAACGCAUAAAAUCUGGGCUUAUUAAGCAUAUUCUUGAAAGCUGUUGAAAAAAAUUCUUUAAAGAAACCCGCAUUCGCAAACGCUCAGGGAAUUUCAACCCAACCAUAAAAUGAAUGCGCAUCUAACUUGAAAGAUGUGAACACCAAGCUCUAAAAUCGUGGUCAAUUCAACGAGAAGAAAUUGUUAGUAACAUCCAUUACCUCCCUGUAAAAUGAUAAAUUAUGACAAACCAACAAACAAACCCAUCCUAUUAUGAAAUAAAGAUUACUGGUCAUUUCAAAAUACGAAUGAUUUUAAUCCGACAGAGAAAGUUACGAUUUUAACAAUGUUUCAAAGUUUAUAUAAAUAAAAAUCUGAAUAUCUCGGACGAUUUUUUAAAUAUCUUUCUUCGUCUAGUGCUACUAGAACAAUAGAACACUAGGGUAAAGAAAAGAAAUCUUAAAAGUUCUUUGCAUCUUUAUUUUUUUUAUCAUAGAGACUGGCAAAUGUUAGUGAUUGUUAAAUGUUUCUAAUACAAUGUAAACUUAUUAUAGGAAUGGUAGAAACACACUGGCUAACGUAAAAUGUGAUCAAAUAAACAAACGAUGUUACCGCUAAA